UAGUAGAUACAUACGACUUCACACCGCAUAAAGAAGCUGGCUUUUAGAGCCAAGUGAGAGCCGCCUAUAUAUAUAUAUAUAGCCGCCUAUAUAUAUAUAUACAUUCGUUUCAUUCUCUGCUUGCUUCAACCGCCUGCUAAUUACACAAUUUGUCAUUCGACGUUGUAAGCUUCGUCUAUCUCUUCUGUUUGAUUGAUUGCCAUGAUCAUACGCCGAUGCGCUUCGAGAUUUACCGGUCGGAGUCUCGGAUUUAGAGGAUUCAGCAACUGGGUUGAUGGUAAAUUGCCAGCUUACCGCUCUGGUAAUAUUGAUCUGUUAAGCACUUAUGCAACUUCGUGUGAGAAGCUACCAGAAGAAGUGUCAAAAGAUAAUAUCAUUUCAGAUAUGUUGACUGAUAAAUUUGGAAGGGUGCAUACAUAUUUGAGAAUCUCCUUGACAGAACGAUGUAACUUGCGAUGCCAAUAUUGCAUGCCAGCUGAGGGAGUGGAACUCACACCUAAUCCGGAACUGCUCUCUCAGAGUGAGAUUAUUCGAUUGGCUAACCUCUUUGUUCGCAAUGGGGUGGACAAAAUUCGUUUAACUGGUGGGGAGCCAACUAUUAGGAAGGAUAUUGAAGAAAUAUGCUUUCAAUUGUCUAGUUUGAAAGGUUUAAAAACAUUGGCCAUGACUACAAACGGAAUUACUCUGGCAAGGAAACUUCCAAAGUUGAAAUCGUGUGGGCUUACCGCGUUGAAUAUUAGUUUGGACACGUUAGUUCCUGCAAAAUUUGAGUUCAUGACAAGGCGUAAGGGCCAUGAAAAGGUGAUGGAAUCCAUUCAGAAGGCGGUUGAGCUAGGAUAUAACCCUGUGAAGAUCAAUUGUGUGGUUAUGCGUGGAUUCAAUGAUGACGAAGUCUGUGAUUUUGUUGAAUUAACUCGUAAAAACCCAAUAAAUGUUCGAUUUAUUGAGUUUAUGCCCUUUGAUGGAAAUGUGUGGAAUGUCAAGAAACUAGUACCUUAUGCCGAACUAUUGGACAUAGUGUCCAAAAAGUUUGAAGGUGUAAAGCGAAUCCAAGAUCACCCAACUGAGACAGCAAAGAAUUAUCAGAUUGACGGACACUGUGGUUCAGUUUCCUUUAUCACAUCAAUGACAGAGCAUUUUUGUGCUGGUUGCAAUAGAUUAAGAUUGUUAGCAGAUGGGAAUUUCAAAGUGUGCCUGUUUGGUCCUUCAGAGGUUAGUUUGAAGAAUCCUCUUCGCAGUGGGGCUGAUGAUGACGAACUUAAGGAAAUAAUUGCUGCAGCAGUAAAGAGGAAGAAAGCUACUCAUGAUGGAAUGUUUGACAUCGCAAAGACCCCAAAUAGACCUAUGAUACAUAUUGGGGGAUAAGGGGAAAAGGCGGGAAAGGCCCUUUACUAAUCUUAUUAUAAUAAAAGGUUGAUUAUUUGGCGGCCUCUUGUUGUUGAUUCAUAUUAAGUGGUGAAAUAAAGUUGAAGAACUGAGAAGUGGAGGAUUACAGGCUACAGAUAAAAAGGAACAGACAAACACCUCAAUAUUGUUUAAAUACAAAAGAAAUUCUAUUUAUAUAAUGCUUGUGUAUAUUCAACAACUGAACCUUGAAAUGUAUUUUAUUAUCAAUUAGAUAGAUGAAUUUUACUAAGUACAUGGAGUCAAUGUCCUUGAAUUUACAGUGAAGCUGCAUUUGAACUUGUAUGGAGUUUUACCUACCAAAAUGAUUGAUUUUUCUGUCU